CGACGUUUAUGAAGAUAACAGUGAAUUGUGCAUCUUCGCCUACUUCGUACUACCGAUCAUUGCGUUUAUGGUUUCAAUGACGCAAAGACGUAAACUAUAACAGAAUUUGUAGUGAUAUAAGUGAAAAGUUUGAUGGUUCACGAUCUGGACGAAUAAUGCAGGACAUAUAACCUUGUGAGGGUAAUUUGAAAGUAUUUUAAGAUGGGUCAAGUAGAUGUUAGCCAAGAUUCUUCCGAUUCUACAAAAAACUCAAAAGACGCAUUCUUCGAUCCAAAACCUAAGCCUAAAAUGAUAAGAGUACUGACUGUGUUAGCUUAUGUUCUAAGUGUAUCCAUGGCUGCAAUAUUUCUAUCUAUUUACUAUAUAUUUAUGUGGCAUGGAGAACCACAUUUAGGAGCCCACAAGAAUAUACCAAACAGUUAUAUUGGGUCACAAAACGAAAGCUUAAAAGUAAUAGAAGAUGUUGAAAAUGGAGUCAAUAAUACCUUUUCUUUUGAUUUCAAUCAAGAAGAAGAAAAAACAAUGAUAGUUACUCAUCCAAGUUCAAAUGAAGCUUUUAUUUUCUCGGCAGAAUUCCAAAAAGUAGGCAGAAAAACCACCUCCCUUAAUAAUCGCUUCAAAACUGAAACCACUCAGCAUACUUACAUGUAAUAAAAUAGUAAAUAGGUUAGUUUUUUGUGAAUGGUCUCAACCACAAAUACCAUAGAUUUUAUUUUAUUUUAUGGAUUUUGGCGAAAAGGGCUCUUGUUACAAAAAUAAAAUGGCGAACAGGCACAAUUCAUACAAUUUUAAAGCUCAUGUCAAAGCACAUGGUAUAUAAGUGUUUGGAGUGUUAUUGUUGAAAUAGACUGCAAUCCUUUGACCGUCGUAGGCAAAUGAAUUAUAUAAUACGAGAAACUUGCAAUGUAUUGACAUAAUAAUGCUUAGAAUGUAGCGUAUUAAUGUGAUAAUUGAAUACAAGCUUAUGUAUUGUUUCUAUUUCGAAGCUUUCGAAUAUCUAUGUAUUCAAGGGGGAAUUAAUUAGUUGACAA